AUGGGCUCAUUAGCUGAAGUUAGAGAUCGGGUUAAGCUUCAUGCAGUUUGUGUCCCGUUUCCAACACAAGGUCACAUAAGCCCCAUGCUAAACCUUGCCAAAUUACUCCAUUCCAAAGGCUUCCAUAUAACCUUUGUCAACACCGAGUCUAACCACCGCCGGUUUCUAAGGUCGAGAGGCCCGAACUCUUUUCAUGGUCUCCCAUCGUCCUUUCGAUUAGAGACCAUCCCGGAUGGCAUACCACCCUGUGACUUGAAUAACUGCAUUGAGCCUUUUAAGAAGCUUCUAAAAAGGCUAAAUGAUCCUUUAUUGAGUUCACCUCCUAUUACGUUUAUUUUGUCGGAUUGUAUGAUGCCUUUCACUUUUGACACCGCCCGUGAGGUUGGGGACUUGCCGGUGGUUUUGCUAUGGACGGCUAGCGCUUGUGGGUUCUUGGGUUAUGCUCAAUAUAGACCUCUUCUUGACAAGGUCAUAGUGCCUUUCAAAGAGUUUUUAAGUGACGAAAGUGAAAUCAAUUAA